CCUCCUGCGUGUCACAUCCGAUUAGUAGUGACGGUAACAGACACAAAAGUGGGAGAAUUUAUACAUUUAUUUAUGUUUUAAUACAUCCAGACAUAUUUAAAGGCGAAAUAAACCAUGACUUGUAUUUGAACACUUGGUAUUUUUGUGCCCAGAAGACUUGAAGAGGUUUAAGAGUGAAAUGGGGAACUGGUUCAGCUGAAGUGACGCAGAACUGGACGAGGAACAAAAACACAGUAAGAGCGACAUGAAGAAGAGAUCAGUAUAGUGACGGAGUGACAGCAUGAACCUAAUCUGCGUCGCGUUUUUCUCUACAUUCUUCUUCCAAAUCAUCAUUUCCUUUGCUGUCGUUUCAGAAGGACACAAAAUAAACGACUGUCCCAUAAUAGGUGUUCUAGCUCAGGAAGUGUACUCUCCUACACCCGGGAAUAACGCCUACAUUGCGGCUUCCUAUGUCAAAUACCUGGAGUCUGCGGGGGCACGAGUCGUCCCUGUGAUGAUUAAUAAGACUGAAGAGGAAUACACCAUACUCUUCAAAUCUAUAAAUGGAAUCCUCUUUCCUGGUGGUGGUGCCAGCAUUUUUUCAUCCGGUUAUGCCAAAGCAGCGAGUAUAUUCUACAAACUUGCACUGGAUGCUAACUCAAAAGGAGAUUAUUUUCCUGUGUGGGGAACAUGCUUGGGCUUUGAGCAGCUCACACUGCUGACUAGUGGAAAGUCCCUGCUGUCCCAAACUAACACCAGUGGUGUUGCUCUGCCACUCAAUUUCACCAAAGAAUUAAAGGACAGCCGAAUGUUCAAGGACUUCCCAGAGGACCUGAUGGCAUCACUGGCAAAUGAACCACUCACAGAGAACUCUCAUCAGUGGAGUAUCUCUACUAAGAGAUUCACUGGAAAUGAGCAGCUGAAAAAGUUUUACCGAAUUCUGAGUACAAACACAGAUGGACAAACGGAGUUUGUGUCCACAGUGGAAGCAUAUGAUUUCCCAAUUUAUGGAACCCAGUGGCACCCAGAGAAAAAUGCAUUUGAGUGGACUCGUGGAUAUAUCCCCCACUCAACCGCUGCUGUCAGAACCACUUUCUAUUUGGCCCACUUUUUUGUCAAUGAAGGUUCACGUCGUUUAGACAUAGGAACAUGGUAGUCGCGAUCCCGAUCCGCACCAAAACAAUCGGCCAAGACCACUGGAACGAGGUGGUCUCUGCCUGACUGCAGACGAACUCUGAAGCGGUUCAUCUGUGCUAGGAAAAGUCUUCAUACAUUUCCCAGCCAAAAAGACGAGCAGAAUGCAUUAAUCUAUAACUACCAACCCACCUACACUGGAAAGAAGUCUUCAUUUGAACAAAAGUAUUAUUUUGAUUAGGUGUUCUUACUUAAUCUGUUUUAAUUGUGCAAAUCUUCAGAAGCAUGUACACUGUGUAGUGCACAGAGCAUCUUGAACGUUGCAAUAAAAAGUUGCCAUACUGGU